GAGGUCAGUGGGGGUGGCAGCGACAUUAGAGUGGCGCACCUGGACGUGGACAUGGCGCAGACCUCAACCGAGAACUCCGUUCCAAGUGGCAUGGCGGACCGGCCUGCUGAGCUCGAUCCAAUGUUGGCCGUGUCGUUACCGUCAUCCCCGGGCGUUGGACGCCAGAUCAACAUUAAGUAUGUUGCCACGAUAGUGAUCCUCGUCAUCAUCGUACUCAACGUCCUGUUCCUGGACUCGUUCGCCGUUGUCCUGUCCCAAGGGAAAUCGCACGUGUCCCCAAUCGGGUUGGAGGCCCAACUCGCCAACACCACGCUCCUUGUGGACAGCCAUGGCAAUCGCCUGCGGCUCGCCUACAUGCUGUAUGCGACGGAUGCCCGCACAGUGUGCAACGCGAUCAUUCUCGCGAGCAACAUCCGCAAGCUCGGGACGCCGGCAUCGAUCCCGAUCGUAACCCUCGUGGGGAACGACGUCCCUCCGUCUGUGAUUCAGCGCCUCACGGAUGCCAACAUUGUUGCCAUUCCAAUCGACCCGUGGAAGCAAGAGCGGGUCGACCAGUCGGACGAGUGGUUCCGCUCGCUCACGAAGCUGCGCAUCUUUGAAGAGCGCGGGUACGACAAAGUUAUCUACCUUGACUCGGACGUGUGGGUUCACCGGAACUUGGACCACCUCUUCUUUCUCGGCGACGCCGUGUUGUGGGCGCCGCACGCGUACUACAUCAAGGAAAACUAUGUGUUUGGGUCGACGCUGCUCGUGUUUACGCCGUCAAACGCCGUCUUCCACGAGAUUCAAGACGCCAUGGCGCAUCCGCCGCGACCCAACUACUUUGACAUGGACGUCCUGAACGACCUGUACAAGCUGCAUUGUGGAUUCCUCCCCAACAACUACGUCGUGCUUACCUACACCCUCCACGACAAUGCCAACUGGUCGUUUGCGUCCAAGGCCGACCGUAUUCACAAGACAUACGUCCAUCACUUCUCGCCCGAUGGAACGUUUGGUAAGCCGUGGAACAUGGCGCGAUCCGAGGUGUACAACCGGCGUGGGUCCAUUGAUUCGGUGUUUUACAACCUCUACACCAUGUACUGGGAGCAUGAGGAUUGUCUUUGUGCGUGGCUCAAGCAAGACAAGUCGGAUCCGUGAAGUCCUGACAACGACGAAGUAGGAGGAUGCAUUUAGUAAUGGGAGGCAGUGCAUGCCUCGAGGGUGCGAUGCCAACCUCUUGUUUCUGUCCAAGGCGCUCGUAGGCCGUUGUUGGCAUACAGCGUUGCUGACGCCGAGCCACGACAGCGUGGCAGGUUGUUGCCGACCCGCUACAAAGUAAUCGUUCGGCGCUGGGUCGGCCGCCGGUUCUUUGACGCGGCGUGUAAUUUUGUAAGUGAAGGUCACUGUGUCCGACUGCGAGUUGCAACGGAUGGAUCGUCA